AACCAGCAGGCGGCUCCGGGCUCGCGCUCACUUUCCCGGUUGUUAAAGACACUGCGACUUGUCCUCGCUGCGGCAGGACGGUGACAGCUUACAUCGGCUCUCUCAUUUCCCGGACUGAGCUCGGAUAUUUGCCUCUUUGGAGUUCUAUGUUUCGGUGGCAGUGACAGACUCAGCAGCGUGUUACUAACACCGUGCUGAACCCUGCCUGCUCUGACACCGUGACUCCAGACAGACACAGUGGCUGACUCUGAAAGAAAAGUGGGCAGAUAAAGAGAUAGGAGGACAGAGGGAGAAGUGCAACCUCUCGUAGAGUGGUGGCCAGGGUGACAGAGGAGCACAUGAGGAGCGGAAACAGCGUGACAGCAACAUCCUGACCGGUAACCUUGCCUCUGCACCCCUGCCCCCGCCCCCCCAACCCGCGCCCAGCAACUCCAGAAGUGGGCGUCACAAGGAAGGAAACGUGCAACCACUCCUCCUGCAGGCAUGAGGUCCUUCCGUUCCUUCAGUAACGAUGACCGCCACGUCAUGGCGAAACACUCCACCAUCUACCCCUCCUCCCAGGAGCUGGAAGCAGUGCAGACGCUGGUGUCCACUGUCGAGUGCGCCCUCAAACAUGUCUCUGAUUGGCUGGACCAGAAAAGCAGCGACAUAAACAGCCAGGCCAACAGCCAACCAGCAGACAGCACAGAGGAGGAUGAUCCUGGCGAUGAGCCCAGUGACAAAACUGAGGAUUCCAGUGACAGCUACAGAGAGCCCAGCAGUGGUGGCGUGCUGUGUGGAGUGAUGAGGAUCGGCCUGGUGGCCAAAGGCCUCCUGAUCAAAGGCGACAUGGACCUGGAGCUCGUGCUGAUGUGUAGAGACAAACCCACACAGACACUGCUGGACACUGUCUGUCACAAUUUACCCACACAGAUAGAGAAGCUGACAGAAGAAAAAUAUGAGGUCACAAGCUCCUUGCCCGAGGCAGCCAUCUUGGUACGAACUACAACAGAGCCCAAACUCACACUGACGAUUACCCUCACCUCACCAGCCAUGAGAGAAGACGAUGACGAAGAGGAGGAGGAAGAGGAGGAGUUCGAGAAUGGGGAGGAAAUAGGGGAGGAGGAGGGGGAGGAGGUGGAGGACAAAGAGGAAGAGCAGGAGAAGAAGAAUGGGCAAGUGUUGGGUGCUGCUGCGCAGAGAGUGGAGGCUGAGGAGGAGGAGGGGGAGGUGCUGGAUAGACACAGAUGUCUGUUGGCCCUGGCAGCGCUGCGACACGCCAAGUGGUUCCAGGCUCGAGUGAACGGGCUCAAGUCCUGCGUUAUCGUUCUCAGGAUACUCAGAGACAUGUGCAAUAGACACCCCAUCUGGGAACCUCUCAAGGGAUGGCCCUUAGAGCUUAUCUGCGAGAAGGCAAUUGCCACCUGCAACAGACCUCUCGGGGCUGGAGAAGCCCUGCGUCGAGUCAUGGAGUGUCUGGCCUCAGGCAUACUGCUACCAGGUGGUCCAGGUUUACACGACCCAUGUGAGAAAGAGCCAACAAACACACUAGCCAACAUGACCGACCAGCAGGCUGAGGCUAUUACCUACAGCGCCCAGCGUGCUCUCAGACUCAUGGCAUUCGGACAGAUCUACAAGGUGUUGGAGAUGGAGCCCCUUCCCUCAAAUAAGCCAUCACAGAAAUACCCUUGGUCUGAUAAAGAAGGCUUAGGUCUGAAGCGGCCAUACGAGGAUGGACCGAUGGAUGAUAAGGACCUCAUCAAGAAGAUGAAGAGGAAUCUUAGGAAAGUGCUAGACAGUAAAGCCAUAGACUCCAACCAGCCAAUGAACGCCCUUAUGAGGUUGAACCAGAUCCGGCCGGGGCUGCAGUAUCGCCUGCUGUCCCAGUCGGGCCCGGUUCACGCUCCUGUCUUCACCAUGUCUGUGGAUCUGGAUGGAACCAUUUACGAAGCAUCUGGUUCCUCCAAGAAGACCGCCAAACUCCAUGUCGCCGUCAAGGUUCUGCAGGCGAUGGGAUACCCUACAGGUUUUGACUCGGACCUGGACCCCAUGAGUUCAGACGAGAAGUCGGACGGUGAGGGGAAGAAUGAGACGUCAUCACACGGCAGCAAUAACCCAACACACUCUACGGACAGUUCCAAUACACUGGAGGUGCGAACUCAGGGUCCAAUACUAACGGCAAGUGGGAAGAACCCCGUCAUGGAGCUGAACGAAAAGAGACGAGGCCUCAAAUACGAACUCAUCUCUGAAAGUGGAGGCAGCCACGACAAACGCUUUGUUAUGGAGGUGGAGGUCGAUGGGCAGAAGUUUCGUGGGGCAGGCCCCAACAAAAAAGUAGCAAAGGCCAGUGCUGCUCUAGCAGCUCUGGAAAAACUCUUCUCUGGUCCCAACGCAGCUGCAAACAAGAAAAAGAAGAUACUGCCUCAGACUAAAGGAGCUCUGGCUGCAGCAGCAGCAGCCUCAGCAGUAGCAGCUCAGGUAGCCAGAGGCAGAGGAAGAGCAGCCCUCGCAAGAGGAGCCUUCGUCAGUGCAGCCGCACCUGGAUACGUCACACCAGCAGGCUUUGGGACACCGUAUGGCUACAACCCAGCUGCGGCAGCUGCUCCUGCAUACGGUGGUCUUUUCAUUGACAAUCCUUUCUACCAGCCGCGGACCAUCGCUCCUUUUAUCAUUCAUCUGGGUCCCCAGGAUCUCUUCUCUGACUUCUAGAGGCAGCAGGCAGCAGGCAGCAGGUCGUUGGAUGGGCUCUUCACACUUACCUGUCUGUACACACAGGACACACCUGUUUUUCUGUCCGUCUAAAGCGGGCUGCCUUUCUAUCCAGGUGAUGGACUCACAGAUCCAAAACUGAAAAACUCUCUGCAGAUCUGACCUGCUGACACGAGAGGCUCAAAGUCUCUCUCUCUCUCUCUCUCUCUCUCUCUCUCUCUCUCUCUCUCUCUCUCUCUCUCUCUCUCUCUCUCUCUCUCUCUCUCUCUCUCUCUCUCUCUCUCUCUCUCUCUCUCUCUCUCUCUCUCUGUGUGUGUGUGUUUUCUCUACUCUCUGCCCAGAUUAUCACUUCAGAGGAGAGUAACUUUACACGAAGCAAUACUCGGAUUUUACGAGAAACGCUCAGCUGCGACUGCGAGAGGCUGAGCUAAACUUUGGUCUUUCUUAUAGCAAUACACAUGAACUCCUCUCUUUGAGCUUACUUACUUGAGAAGAUGUGAAUGUCCGAUGGAGUUUUACCCAACACAGCAUUGCAAUAGCUCAUUUUGAUUGUAUAUUCAUAUUGUAUGUGUGUGUGUACGUGUGGCUAUAACAUGACUAUAUACACAUAUAUGUAUGGUCUAUGUUUCUAUAACGAUGUGUUGACAAUAAUAUUACUAUAUGAUGAUGUAUUUAUGUAAAUAUUCUAUAAAAUAUAACUAUUGUUGGUAUAAAUUAUUUUAGAA